GUGGCAAAGGUAAUAAAGAUAAGUGAAAAAAAUACAAUUAUAGGCAUUAAAAUCCGAAAUGUUAAUAAAAUUUAAAAGGUUUUUAUGUCCUUUUAUUCAAUUGAAUAAUCAAAAAAUGGCAAGUAGCGUUAAACUAUCUACAGCGGUUCCUAAAGAAGACACCAUCAAAGUCAGAAAUUGGGAUAUAAAUUAUUUAACAGUUGGUAAUGGACCACACACCGUACUUCUGGCUCCCGGCGCGCUUGGCACAAUAUGGACGGACUUUAAACCGCAAGUCGAAGGCUUCAACCGCCAGAAGUUCACGGUCAUAGCCUGGGACCCGCCCGGCUACGGGAAGAGCAGGCCACCGGUCAGAGAUUUCCCAGUAAAUUUCUAUGAAAAAGAUGCUGAUUAUACUUAUGAAUUUAUGAAAGCAUUGAAUAUAUCAAAGUAUUCUUUGUUGGGCUGGAGUGAUGGAGGCAUUGUAAGCAUGAUCCAUGCGGCAAAAUACCCAGAGGCAGUGCAGAAGCUGGUGGUGUGGGGCACCAACUCACUCAUCCUGCCCCAUGAGCUAGAACUGUACAAGAAUACCAGAGACAUCAAAACAUGGUCAGAGAGAAUGAGGAAGCCAAUGAUAGAAGCAUAUGGCGAAGAGCUGUUUGCCAAUUACUGGGCGGAAUGGGUUGAUGCCAUGUCAGCCGUCUUCAAAGCUAACAAUGGGGACAUCUGCUCACAGCUUCUCAAGGAUAUUGUGGCUCCAACCAUGAUACUUUAUGGCGAAAAAGAUCCUAUGGUUGAUAACAUGCAUGUGUCGCAUUUACAUACUCAUAUAAAGGGAUCAAGAAUACAUUUGUACCCGGACGGCAAGCACAACAUCCAUCUUCGCUACGCGGAAGAUUUCAACCGCCGAGUUCAGGAGUUCUUACUACUACCUCCCGCGUAAUGCAUAUUAGUAUUAUCGAACUUCUGCAGGUUGAUUAUGCCUAAGUUUAAAUUAUUAACCGAGGUAACUAAAACAAUAGUUAACACAUUCAGUGCCAGCGCGUGCAACGCGCUACGAGCGUAGCCGAUAACAUGCAAAAUCUUGUAUAUAAAAAACAGCGACUACGAAUAGAGAAUCAGACUAUCGGGUUUGACGACCAGUCUGGCCUAGUGGGUAGUGAAGCCGAUGGUCCUGGGUUCGAUUCCGGUAAGGGCAUUUAUUUGUGUGUUGAACACAGAUAUUUGCUCCCGAGUCAUGGGUGUUUUCUAUGUAUUUAAGUACCUAUUUAUAUAUUAUAAUAUAUCGUUGUUUGAGUACCCAUAACACAAGCCUCCUUGGGCUUACCAUGGGACUUGGUCCUAUAAUAUUUAUUAUUAUUAUCUAUUUAUUACUGGCACUGAAUGUGUUAAGCUAAUAUGGGGCAUUUUCUAUGAAAAG